AUGGAAGGUAUAGAUCCCCGAUCGCCUUAUCAUCAUCGCGAUAGCUACCGGGAUCAGAUUGUCUAUCCGGAAGACACGUACCGCGGGGCUGCUGAACGUCCCAGACCCGCUAGUGCCCGGGACUUAGGUUACGGGGAUAUGUACGAUUCCGGAAUACACGCACACUCUAGUUCUCCACGAAUUAAUCAGGCUGCUUACGUUGAGAAUCCCGGUACGUUAGGAUUGGACAGUCGUGCAGGUUCACUGGAUCGCCGAGGUGAGCUAUAUGGUACAUUACGAGGAAAUUUUGAUGCCGUGCCCGAACGUUUAGUCAAGCCUGCUGCUAGACAACAAUACACACUAAAGUCAUUGAAUUCAAAUCCCGGAUUGUCUUCAGUGUUAGGUUCUGGUGCCCAAACUCAUCGUCGGGCUCAUUCUUACGAUAUGAACCUGGAAAAACAAGGAUUGGCUGACUACAAUAGUCUGCUUGCAGCUGCUGGUGUUGGAGCUACUCAAAGUAUCUACGGCAAUCCGACUACACAGUUGCUGGAUUACAGUGGUCUUACUGCCCCUACCUUAUCUUCACUUGGUGGGUUGGACUAUGCCUCGUUGCAACGCACUUCUGCAUACCCAACCUUGCAACCAGGAUUGCUCAAUUUUGCUUCAGCAUCCGAUAUCACUACGUUGCAACGGGAAUGCUUACGACUGCAACACGAACUAGAUGUUACUCGGGAAAAGCUAAACGCCUGCACAACCAGUAUUCGUACAUUCUGGAGUCCUGAAUUGAAGCGUGAGCGAUCAAUGCGAAAGGAAGAAAAUGCAAAGUAUGCAAUUCUGGCAGAUCAUCUACAUCAAUUGCAACUUGAGAAACAGACUAUGCUCGAGACUUUGCAUAAUAUGGAAGCAGAUUUGCGCCGAGAACGAGACAUACGCAUUCGUGGGCGUUUCUCCGCCGAACACGGCACGGAACAUCUGAGUGAGUUGGAUUUGGCUAAACGUCAAGUGGACGAAUUGACUCUGGAAAACAAACAGUUAAAAAAAGCGGUCGAAGAAGCGGACCGACGUACAGCAAACGUCAAAGCCAGUCUGACGGCUACGGAGGAAAGUUUACGACGUUUGAUUGAGGCGGUCAAAGUCGGCAAAGCGGCCACAACAACUAAUGUGCCAACUUCGGAGGCAGUUGGAACAGCCGUGACCGGGGCAGCGACUGCGUCGGCGGUGGAUGCAAGCGGGGCAACAAACAUUCGACUGGAACGAAUUGAGGCUGAUCGCGCGGAGAUCGCUCGUCUGCGCCAUCAGUUGAAUGAGGCAUGCACGCGUGGAAGCGAAGCAGAACGUCAGCUGAUCGAUCGAAACUAUGAGUUCUCGCGUCUAAAAGAGGAAUUUAACCUACUUCUGCAAGACCACAGACAACUGAAACAGGAGAAUGACACACUGAGACAAGAUACAAGACAAACACAGACACUUCAGUCGAUUGUCGACACCAAGGAAUCAAAAAUAAUGACUCUAGAAAACGAGAUUCGUCUGUUAGAGGAUGAAAUUGCUCGACUCCGCGAUGAUGGAUUGAUAACUCCAAAUACGUCCACGAGCAGCGGAAUUGAUGAUCUGGACAAGACACUACAGGCAUUCCGCAGUAACGAACGACUGCUCAAAUCCAAGAUCGAAAUGCUCAAUGGUGAAAUUUCCAAACGAGAUUGUGAAAUCUACACGUUGCAAUCGCGUCUGGAGAUGACGGACAAACAACACCAGGACCAGACACAUCACAUCAAUGUGUUGAAAGAACAGGUGAAAACGAGAGAGCAUAAAAUUUCGAUGCUCACUGCCGAUACGGAAGAUUUUCGCAAACGUCUGAAGGAGAAGGAGACACAGUUGGAGAAAAAAACUAAAGCACUUUCGAAUGCCCAGAGCGCAAAACGUCAACUUGAAACGGAAAUGGCCGAAUUAAAGGAUCAAUUGGACAUCAAAGAACGCAAGAUAUCCCUACUUCAACGAAAAAUUGAGAACUUGGAAGAUCUGCUAAAUGACAAAGACACCCAGCUGGCUGCCUCAAAAGCUCGCCUGACCCGAAUCAGCACAGAAAGAGCUGGAGUUGAGGGUGUGCGAGCAGCUAUGGAAGAAUCGAUGAAGGAACGAGAAAUUCUGUCUGAACGAUUGAAAGAGGCUCGAGCUCGUGGUGAAUCGCCCGGUUUGGACGAGAUUGAUGCUCAAAAGCGUCUGGUUUCUGAGUUACGGGCUCGAUUAGAUUCUCUUCAGCGUGAGGCAGAUGAGAAGGCCACACAGCUACUGGAGCUUCGUGAGGAGUUAGGGGAACUGCGUACCGGUCGAUACAAGCACGAAGCUGAAGUGAGCCAAUUACAAGCUCAACUAAAUCAACGUGCAUCCGAAAUGGCCACUCUCCAAAUGGAAAAGCAGAUGCAACACAAACAAAUCUCUUCGGAAUACGAGUUGAAAUACGGUCAACGUAUCAGCGAAUUGGAAACCCAAGUCACGCACUAUAUGGAAAGUGCUUCGAAACUCCAAUCCGAAAUUGAUCGUCUACUUCGAACGCUGGAUAAUGAAAAGUUUGAAAAGGAGAAACAAAUGCAUGAAUUGCAGGAGGAAUUGCGUGAGGCUCAGAAUAAUCUAUCUAACUUGAAGCGUUCACAACAGACUGAACGAAAGAAACAAACCCAACUGCUCGAGGAGGCUAGGCAACGCGAGGACAAUGCACAUUCGGAUGUGGAAAUUCUGAAAGGUAUCAUGUCUGAGAAAGAUUCACGUAUUCGUGAGCUGGAACAGGCACUACGAGAAAGUGUCCGACUGACCGCGGAACGUGAGAUUUACGCUUCCGGACGAGAUGAUGAAACCCGACAUUUGGAACAACAGUUGCGUGAAAUGCGAACAAAUGUGGAACAAUUACAACGCGAGCGAAACAAUUUAUCCGCGCAAAUGGCCACCGUCCAGGAGGAGCUGAGUGAUCGCGAGAACCAACUGAAAACACUGGAACAGGAAUGUUUCCAGAAUUAUCUUCCGGAAUUGGAGAAAUUGCGUCGCGCAAAUCACGAGGCUAAUUUGCGUGUGGCUGCCAUGGUAAAACUGACUCAGGGACGGGAACACACGCUGACCGAUCAGGAUCGAACUGCACUUUCGGGUAUUCCGUUGUUCCCCAAUCUGGCAACUACUGGGGGAUGGUCUGCCACAGGCAUGGGUGGCCCUGCUCCUUCACGUCUGAUGACCGGAAGCAGUGGCUAUUUGGGUGCUUAUCACUCGGGCGGAGCGACAUCACCACAUUUGGUCGGAAGUGCGUUCCAACUGAUUGGAAAUUCAGCCACUGCAUUGGCUACCGCUACCGGUGGACGAGCCUCAGUUCCGGGACAGCCGAUCGCGAGUCCGGAUGUGGUCAUGUUGACAAGAAUGUUACAGGAUAAAGAAAGUAUGGUAAGAGCAGUGUGCUAUUAG